AUGCUGCUGCCGGGAAACGCGUCCUCCGGCUUGGAUUGGGUCGCGGGGAUGAACCAGUCGGAGGUGCAGGACGGGGGUUCGAGUCCGGAGGCGGUGGUGGUGCCGCUGGUGUUCGGGCUGAUCUUCGUGGUGGGGCUGGUGGGGAACAGUCUGGUGAUGCUGGUGAUCUGUGGGGUGAGGUGCAGCGGCGCCAGGGGAGGAGGAGGGAAGCGAACCGAGAGCACCACCAACAUCUUCAUCCUGAACCUGAGCGUCGCGGACCUCCUCUUCCUCCUCUUCUGCGUCCCGCUGCAGGCCACCGUCUACUCCCUGCCGCAGUGGGUGUUCGGCUCGUUCCUCUGCAGCUUCGGUCACUUCUUCUUCACCGUGUCCAUGCUGGUCAGCAUCUUCACGCUGGUCGCCAUGUCCGUGGACCGCUACAUCGCCGUGGUGCGCUCCAACCAGUCUCCGUGCGUCCGGAGCCGCAGGAACGCGCUGGUCGGGGCGUGCGUCAUCUGGACGCUGUCGGUGGCGUGCGCGGUGCCGGUGGCUCAGCACCAGAUCCUCACCAGCCACUUCUCCGCGCCCAACAGCACGUUCUGCUGGGAGCAGUGGAGCGGAGCCUCCAGACGCGCGUACAGAGUGUCCAUCCUGCUGCUCGGAUACCUGCUGCCGCUGCUGCUCAUCAGCUGCUGCUACACCAGGGUUUUGUUUCAUCUUUACAAAAAAAUGAAGACUAUGUCACAGAAGUCUGAGAGAGUCAAAAGGAAGACGACUCAGAUUGUUCUCCUGGUCAUCGGCGCCUUCACCAUUUGCUGGAUGCCUCAUCACAUCAUCGCCAUGUGGGUGGAGUUUGGCACCUUCCCUCUGAAUGACGCCACCUUCGCCUUUCGUAUCGUGUCCCACUGUCUGUCCUACGGGAACUCCUGCAUUAACCCCGUCCUCUACGCUUUCAUGUCCGAGAACUUCCGCAAGUCCUGCCGCAAAGUCUUCACCUCCCACUUCCUGUGUCCACCAGCUCCUCAGGGUAAAGUGGUUCGAGUCCCCAUGGAGAACUUCUCCUCCACAACCAACGUGGGAAUGAGUGUGAUCAGAUAAACCACGGGAGCACAGAUCAAACAGCAGGGGGAGCUGUUUCUCUCUAAUCUGGUCGAGUGACAACAGGAAGUGGAAAUAAUGCAAAGUUCAGGUAGAAUAUUUUAAGCCAAUAAAUAAAAAAGAUCAACUCAAAUUUUUCAGUUUAAAACCUCCAAACAUGGUUAAUGUGUAAUUUAUCAUUUGUUACAAACUAACCUGACUGAUCACAAGAAAACAAUUUCGUAAACUGUUUUCUAUGCAUUUUCUAUAUAAAUAUGUAAUUCAUAUUAAAUAAUCAUAUUAAACACAUUUUUUAUACACUUUUUUAAUAAUCACCGAAUUCUGUUGGUGAGACUCAAAGUUUGUUUUGUUUCUGAUCAGAUUCAGUUCUUAUCUAUAAUUAUCAUCAUGUCUCAAGUUUCGAGUUUUGUUUUAAAAGUUUCUGAUUCAUCACAUGAUUCAUUCCGAUGACUCAGCAUGUUUUUCUGUAUUAGUGUCUCUGUUUAUUAAAUUAUUUAUUAUGAUGAUGAGUAAAUUAUCAGUCAGGGAUCGAUAUAAUAUCUUUAGAUAUUAAAUAUUUAGAUAUCAACAUUUUAGACAUAAAUGAAUGCAGAUGAGUGAACCUAAUUGAUAAUUGAUAAUUGACCAUAACUCAUCAUAAACGGAUCAAAUAUUAAUCAAAUAUUGAUCAGAGAACAGCUUUGAUUUACAAACUGAUUUAUUUAUUUAGAGUUUGACAUUUGAAUUUGUUUGGUGUUUUUAUUUGAAGUUUGAAAUGUGUGAACGGAAUUUAAAACACCUGUGUGUGUGUUUUGUGGAACUGAGACUCACUGCUGUCACACAAUGUAAUUCUUGAUCUGACCAUCAGA